CAGGUUAGAAGGCCACUGAUUGGCUAAAAUGGUCAUAGCUAUGAGUCAAUUGGAUACUCUUUUUGGGCCAUAAUAACGUAACCGGUUGUCCGGUGUCCACUUGAUGAAAUCAGCAGAUCACAGAUAAUCAUGGCAGUGUCAGCAGAUCACAUCCGGGAGAAGCUUAUUAAGGAGCUCGAGGCAGUGCAUGUGGACGUAGAGGAUACCUCACCGGAAAGAUGUGCAGCCAGCUUCAAAGUCCUGGUGGUGUCGGCGCAGUUUGAGGGGAAAUCGUUGUUACAGAGACACAGGAUGGUGAACAUGUGUCUAGCAGAAGAGCUGAAGGCAAUCCAUGCGUUUGAACAGAAGACCCUCACACCAGAACACUGGGACAAGAUGAAGCAACAGGACAUUCACAUCUCAGAUAUGCAGCCAUAUUUUGUCUUCAGAAACCUGUAAAAAGCUUUUAUACCCAGUGAGUUGCAUGCUUAAAGGGUCAUAAAUAUUUAUGUCAAAUUACCCUGCAAUAUAAAUCACAUCUGUUUAUUCACUUGUAUGUAUGGGGGUAGAGAAAUAUUAUUAAGUGGAGGUAGAUGCUCUGCCUGUGGAAUAUGAACACCACAUUUUUUAAGCUAUUUCUAAAGUUUUGUUGUGUUUUCUUGCACAAUGACAAUAAAGGAAUUCUGAUUCUGAUUCUAAAUGCAGAGAAACUCCGGACCAAGACCUGAACCCAGACAGUAACUGACUCACCAUCCAACCCACGGCUCAUAUGUUAACAUAUGUUAUCUUACCAAGCAUCACUGGAGAGAUUCUGGAUGCAGACGUAUUUAUUCAUAAUACUAAAACAUACUUCCUGUUUGCUGUGAUACUGCCAGCAGACAAUAAAUUGUACUGGAAACAGUAAGUGCAGCUCUAUGGAUGAUUCACUGUCAGGAAGGCCGAGUGCUUAAAGCUCUUUAACAAAGUGCGACUUGUUCAACCCAUGUCCCAGCUGAUGGCAGAUCUUCCACUGUGAAUGUGAUGAACAUUAGUGAUCCCUGCCAGAAACUAAAUAACUACAUGAGGCGGACCCCCUGCUGAGACUCAGGGGGCUCAGAAAGCCAGUAGUCGCUCAGUGAGAUCAGUUGGUGGUAGCUGAGCUAAUGGAACCGAACUGAUUCAGUCAAUUCGCUGAUUUUCACUUCAGUGCUGAUGUGGCUGUUUGUGUUGGAUGAAUGCAACCAGCAGCUCCUCCAGAGAGCCCAAGCAGUUUCAUUUAAUAUCUGAGACAACGGCAGGGCUGCUUUAUUGAUUUAUUUCCCUCUAACACAGCAAGACAGAGCAGGAGUUCAUGUCUCUGCCUGUGGAUUUUGGUGCCUCAUUUUACUCUUGAUAAAAACAUCUUGAUAUUACCUGUGAUGUUGGACUAGAGUGGAGUAGAGUAGCCUGCAGAUAAACAUUUUACCAAUGUUGGAUAUAGUGCUUUUUUUUUCUUACAGUGCCACUCACAUCAGUUUGUUGCAUAGUUCCAACCAGAAAAGACGUCAGUUGGAGAUGCAGUUGUAGUUACAGGGUCAGAGUUAGUAAUCAUUAACUUUAACAGGUUCCAACUGCUGCGUCCAUCGUCCGACCCGAUUGGACCCCAAAACGAGUCUGGUUGUUUAGGGCCUUCCUCUGUCCCAGCUGUCUUGGACAGACUGAAACGGCCAGUGACUAUUUAAGCAACUAUAUUAGCUAUAAGCUGCUUAAUUAAACCUCUAGAGUCUUUCUGUUGUGUUUGCAGAGACAUUAUAUGUCUUCAUGGUUUUAGAUAACAUAGAUAUCAGACGUACAGCAUCUGUGAUCAUUACUGUCUUACCACAAUUUACAGGUUUAAUCUGGAUUCAGACUACAUUAUUUGAACACGUUAAUCUGCUUUGAUCUAAAACUGUUCCUGUAUGUUUGGGGUCGAAGGUGACCCUUCACCCCUCCCCUAAAAAUAUUUUCAUUCAUUCAAAGAUGUCAAAACAAUGUAAAAGAAACAACAGUUACAAAAAACUUAAUGCAACUAUUUUUGAUUACAUGCUAUUUAGUUAAAUUAAUUAAUACCUUUCUCAGUAAUCAAUAUAAAUGUCUGUUUGAAUGUUUCCACUUGUAUUUUGAUUAUUUACCUGGACUUAUGCUGAGGCUCGGAGGCAUCUUUACCUUUUAAAUUCCACUCACUCAUUCCAAAACAUUACUAUUAUUUCCAGUCAGGAGACGCAUUGUGGACAAAUUAAAAGAUUACUUUAAACCUAAAUUUAUCAGAGGUAUGAAUAACUUUGGGCCUUACUGUGUGUUCUACAGUUACAUGUAGUGAUGUAUCAUCAUGAGGAAAAACCAGAGGUUUGGAUAACAUUAGCUCCUGUGGUUCCCUCCUUUUGAUGCUGUGACUCAGAGCCUCCUCACCGCUUCCUCAAAUGACAUGGAUGAUGUGAUUGUUCAGCUCUGUUCUGUUCUGAGUGGCAGCCAUGCUGACCACCAGACACUCGGCUCUUCCAUUAGCAGCUCUUGUCAGGGUGAGUGGUGGAAGUAAUCCCCCCUCAGCCUGUUUCAGUUCUGCUGCUCUGUGAUGGAGAAAAUCACAUCACAAGUCAGCUGGCACUUUAAAAUAAGACUGUCUGACCUCUCCAUACUGUUGUGUAAACACUGAAUAAACACAAUAAAGGAUUCAUUAUCAUAAAUGACUGCAUUCAAACAUUUUCUUUUCCCUUGAUUUGUGCUCCACCCUCAUGCGGAACUCUUCCAUCAUACUGACCCCCUGGGUGGACGUACAAAAGUCUUUAAGUUUAAGAACGAAUGUUUACACUGAAAAACAAACAAAAAAAUUAUGAAUAUUUAUUCAGAGAGAACAACAUAAUAUCAAGUUAGAACUAUUACUAAAACUCACAUUUAGCGGCAGCCCCAUUUUGCUAAACCACACAACCC